GUUACGAUGGCUUAGAAUGUUUCUCUAUUGACCCACCUUGGAGCCUCACCGUAUAUAGACCAGUGGCUGUCCUGCCCCAGUCACCUGAAUUCAUCAGCACCCUGUUCAAGCUGUACACCCGAGCCCAACCGGCAACUCCACUAGACCUGCCAGCCACACAAGUCAAGACAAGUCUCACCACCAUCUGGCCAGGUUUUGUCUCACGACCGACCAAAAUUAUCGUACACGGAUUUCUCGACAGUGUCGAAAUAACAAGCUGGGGAAAGCUGAUGAAGGACGAGCUGUUGAAACAGGGAGACUACAAUGUCAUCCUUGUGGACUGGUCAGGCGGCAACAAGCCGCCCUACACCCAGGCCACAGCCAAUACAAGAGUCGUAGGGGCUCAGAUAGCUCAGCUCAUCAACCAGAUCAGUGCUAUUUUUAGCACACCAGCCAAAAACUUCCACGUCAUUGGUCACAGUCUCGGAGCUCACAUCUCUGGGUACGCUGGGGAGAGGGUGCCAGGCUUGGGGAGGAUUACAGGUCUGGACCCCGCAGGCCCAUACUUUGAGAACACUCCAGCCAUAGUUAGACUCGACCCCACUGACGCCUUGUUUGUUGACGUCAUCCACACUGACGCUGGGACUCUUCUUACUUUCAAUCUGGGCAUCAUGCAGGCUGUAGGUCACGUUGACUUUUAUCCAAACGGUGGACACAAUCAGCCUGGAUGUAUCCAGUCUCCUAUUACAUCCAUUGAUCAGUGGGGGCUUAUUGAUGGCGCCAACGAGUUCGUUAUCUGCAAUCACAUGCGGGCCAUCAGACUAUUCACAGAGAGCAUCAACUCCAGCUGUCGCUUCAAGAGUUAUCCUUGUGCUAGUGAACUCAACUUUGUGAGAUUUGAAGCUGAAUAUUACCAGGGUAAACAUUACAGAGAUUUGAAGCUGAAUAUUACCAGGAGAUUUGAAGCUGAAUAUUACCAGGGUAAACAUUACAGAGAUUUGAAGCUGAAUAUUACCAGGGAAACAUUACAUCAGGGAGCUUUAAAUGUCAUGUCACGAGGCGCUGAUGGUACGCUGGAUAGUGGCAACACAAGAGCAUACAGGGAUAGUGGCAACACAAGAGCAUACAGGGAUAGUGGCAACACACUAGCAUACAGGGAUAGUGGCAACACAAGAGCAUACAGGGAUAGUGGCAACACAAGAGCAUACAGGGAUAGUGGCAACACACUAGCAUACAGGGAUAGUGGCAACACAAGAGCAUACAGGGAUAGUGGCAACACAAGAGCAUACAGGGAUAGUGGCAACACACAAGCAUACAGGUAUAGUUUCAACCUAACGAUCAGAAUGAUGCAUACCGGCAUAGCAACAUCAGUGUACAGGUAUAGUGGCACUGAUACAAGCUAA